CAGACGCCGGUAAGGUCCGGAGACGAUGGCGCGGCGUUCCGGCCGAUCACCAUCUCCACCUUGACCUUCUCUAUUGACGAAAUCAAACAAGUCAAGGCCAGUCUUGGUGUGACCUUAAACGAUGUGGUAUGCGGAGUUUUGUUCCUGGGGAUAAGACAAUACAUGCAGGCAAUGAACCAUGAGCAAAGGAAUGCGCAGUCAACAGCCUUAGUUCUGCUCAGGACCAGAAACAUUGCUGGCUACAAAUCCGUAGCUGAAAUGGUCGAAUCCGACGCAGAGUCCUCCUGGGGGAACCAGUUUGCUUUCCUUCAUGUUCCUGUUCCAGAACUAUCUGAGCAUGAGCCAAACAACCCCCUAAGUUUUGUGCUUAAAGCCCAGAAGAUCAUCCAGAGGAAGAGGAAUUCUGCUGCUGUGUUUUUAACUGGGAAGUUGCUCGAAAUGUUGAGGAAAUACAGAGGCCCUGAGGUAACAGCUAAAUACAUUCACAGCACGUUGAAGAACACAAGCAUGACAGUCUCAAACAUAAUAGGGCCUGUGGAACAAAUGUCGCUCUCCGACCAACCAGUCAAAGGAUUGUACUUCAUGGUCGCCGGAGUUCCUCAGAGUCUUACCAUAACAAUGUUGAGCUAUAUGGGGAAGCUGAGAUUGGCUGUGGGAACAGAGAAUGGACUAAUAGAGGCUCCCAAGUUGAAGGCCUGCAUCCAAAAUGCCUUUGACAUAAUUUUCAAAGCAGCAGUUGAUCACUACUCACCAGCUGUGAACAAUAUAUAGAGCACUAAUAAAUAUAUAUGUUGUAGGGUUAUUUUGUUUGCUUAAGUUUAUUCAUCACUUCUCAUGCAUAUAUACCAAAUAUGCAUUCUACUUUA